CCGAGUUGCAUGGCUGGGGAGGGGUGGCUGACUUUGGGCGCCACCACGAACUCUUCGCGCGAUCCAGUGUUGCAACACCACCAAAACUAUACUGAAACGCUCUCAUGGCCAACUUGUAUUUGAGUGAUACUCGUGGCUGUCUACGACUCGAAAUUAGGAAUGAAGCCUGGAAUCAUGGCUCCAGUCAAACCCCACCACCAGUCGCUGCGGUGAUACAUCGUCGGUUCGAUUCCGACCACGGGCCGCGAUGAGGGAUAUAACCCAACCCAACCGGAUGGUGAAAUCAAGGCAUGAACUGAGCUGCCUAUGCGCUCUUUAUCAGGGAAGGAUAUAAGCCCCUCUGCCCCGCGCGGAUUCAACCUGGCUUUUGUUCGCCCCAAACGAACGAUUAUCAUACACCAGUUGCCUUGUCUACGAUAUGGGUCGCUUCACCCCUACGAUACCGGCCCCGUUGGGACUUAUGCACUCUAUACGAGGCAGCUCAACCCUGCCUGUGGUAUAUCUUACUCAUAGUAUCCGACUGUACUCGCAGACUCAAAGCGACCAAGUGGCCGCUACUCGGUCCACAAUAGCACAACUCCUGCGCCAAAUAGACUCCAAACACACCGCCCAACAGUACCUCUCUUACUUCAGUACACCCACUUUCUCGUCCCGCCCUUUCGCCGUCAUCAAAGUCGGCGGUGCUAUCCUAGCUGACCACCUCCCAUCUCUUACGUCUGCCAUCGCCUUUCUAAGCCACAUUGGUCUCUACCCUAUUCUCGUUCAUGGCGCAGGGCCCCAGCUUAACACGCUGCUGUCUGCCACGGGAACAAAGUCAGAGUUCCAUGAUGGCAUCCGCGUCACUGAUGGACGUACUCUGGCGCUGGCUCGAACGGCUUUGCUCGAGGAGAACUAUAAGCUUGUUCAGGAGCUCGAGAAUAUCGGUGUCUCCGCUCGGCCGUUGACCUCGGGUGUUUUUCAAGCCGAGUACCUUGAUGCAAGCAAGUACGGUCACGUGGGCAGAGUCAACAAAAUCGAAGAUUCAUCCAUCCGGGCGGCUCUGCGCGCAUCUUGCGUGCCGGUGCUGACUUGCAUGGGAGAGACUUCCGAUGGACAGGUCCUCAAUGUACAUGCGGACCUGGCGGCAUCUGCCCUGGCGCGGGUGCUGCGUCCGGAGAAGGUCGUGUACCUUUCCGAGACAGGCGGCUUGGUGAAUGGGAGGACAGAAAGGAAAAUGGACGUGAUCAGCCUGGAGUGGUUACGGAAACAGGAGUGGGCGCGGUUGGGGAUGCGGUGGAGAGUGAGGAUGACGGCCGUGCAAGAUUUGUUGGAUGGAAAGGAAGGUGAAGAGGCAAGGGUGUCAGUAGUACAUCCUCGGGGGCUGUUGAAGGAGGUCUUUGCGGGCGAAGGCCACGGAGAAGGGACGGUGAUCCGGAGAGCUAAGGCUAGAAGAGAAGUUGCUCCGGAGCCCGUGGUAAGAAGAAGCGAGAUGAUGGUGGGCCUGGUUGAUGGGCAGGCGCGAUUGCAGCAGCAGGUUGCUAUGGUCUGAUCGCAAGACUCUCCCGCACGGUGAUCACAUUCUUGCCCUGGCGGUGUUGAUGAGAUUUCUCUUAUCACAAUUUACAAACAUACUUUAAUUUAAUCCAAGGGAGGCUCACUUCGGCACCCUCCGAGCCCGAUACCGGGUCAACCUCGGCCCAGCCCUAAGCUGCAGAAUGCCAAAGGUCUGACAAAG